AUGGCUGACGACGGCUGGGCAGGUCGUAGUCUCCAGGAGGCGACCCACCGGUCGACCGUCCACUGGCAGGACGACCUCCAAGCCCUCUUCGACCACGCAAAGGAUCGCUUCGCGGACGUCGUCUGGGAGCUCUCGUCCGACAACGGCAAGGGUGUCGAGGAAGUCUGGGGCCACAAAGCCGUCGUCUACGCCCGUGCCCCGCCCUCUUUCCAGGCCCGCUACUUCUCCUUCAAGCCCCCGCCCGCCGCCUCCCCGCUCCCGUAUUCCUCUUCUCCGACGGGCACGCUCCCCGCCCAGUCUUCCCUCUCCUUGACGCUUGGCAUCGACUUUUCCGACCCCUCUCGCUCUCCGUCUCCUUACCGCGCACCGUCCCCCUCGCACAACUCGCCCCCCGGCGCCCUCCUCCGCCUCCCCACCAGCAUCAACCCCGCCCUCUUUUCGAACGAGCUCGAGUACCUCUACACCGGCAAGGGUCUCGGACAGGCCUUCGAGUUUCUCUUCGACUCCAACGAGGCCUCCGAAGAGGGCGAUGGCGACGACGCCCGCCUCGACAAGCUCCGCAAGGACCUUGUCUUCAUGUGGAGGUCCCGGCUCUACUCCGACAUCCGCAUCUCCCUCACCGGCUCCUUCUCGUCCACGAACCACGAGAGUGCGACCGCCAUCUUCACCUCCCACCGCUUCAUCCUCGUCUCUCGCUGCCCCUACUUCAACACCCAGCUCCUCCAAUGGUCCACCAAGUCCACUCCCGGCGAGCCUUUCACCACCGCGUUCCACAUCAUGCGUUCGGCCUCCUACCUCUCUCUCGACACUCUCUACGACGAAAUCCAGGCGCGCAUCGUCCAGGAGAUGAUGCACGGGCUCUGUCACGCUUUCCUCGAGUUCUCCGAAUACGAAGCUACCACAGGCGGCAAGUGGGGCACCGGGGGCUGUCGCUGCCGCCAAUGCGCCCGCCGUGCCCCCCGCAUCCUCGAGUUUGCCAUCUCCGACGAUGUCAAGAACCCCCACCUGGAGCGCGGCGCCCGUCGUGCGCUCGUCGGUCUCUUCGGCGAGGGCUGGUGCAUCUCCGAGUUCGCCAGGUCUCAGCAAGCGCACCACUCCAUCAAUGUCUUCCCGCUCCUCAAGGCCGCCCACGACGCCCUCCGGAAGCUUGAUACCGUGAUCGACACCUGGGGCGAAUCCGUCCGCGACAUGGUUCUCUCGGCGCGCAAGACCAUCGAUAACGUCGCGGCCACACAAGCGGCCGAGUGCUUCGAGCAGCCGGAAUGGGUUACUAUCAUGGAGGCCGACGGUGUCAGGUUCGAGGACGGAGAGGUUGUCGAGAUGUUCCUGGAGUCCCUCCGCAGGGGUCUGAAUGAUAAGAAUGCGGCCAUGGCGUACCAGACCAUCGUCGACUCCGUGCUGCUGCGACCUCAUCCUGCGGACCCUGAGGCUGCGUUGCUUUCGUCGACUUCCCAUGUGCGGGUCCAGGUGGAGCAGGCCCGCAAGGAUAUCGUUCAGUUCCUCAAGAAGCGUUUUGCUACCAUCAAACACGAAAAUGGAUUCUCUGGAUUGGAACCUUGGGCUGCAGGGGAAAUCGCCAACGAACUCGGUGUCCAAGAUCCUGCGGAUCUCACCAAUCCCUCGGCCCCUUCACCUCCACGUGGUGGACGACUUACAGUCCGAAACGGCCCAGUAUCAAACGACUCGGACACCGUCAAUACGCAUUCAACGGCCUCCAGAACGACGACGGCGACUUUCCCCCGACGCCUUACCCCUGCGCUUUCGCGCUCAAGUAUCACCGACACCAACAGGGCACGAUCACCUCUCUCUCCUAGCCCGGGGACGCUACCAAGGAGCAGUAUGUCCACUGCCACUUCAUCGACGACACCCGAGAGGUAUCCGCGCCCGAAAUCUGUGGCCGCCUCCGUCAAAUCCACUCGUCCUGCCGCCGGUCCCUCUGGCCUCCGCACUCCAUCGGGCUCGACUCGCGCGCCAUCCCGAACCCCUUCCCGCGCUCCCUCGCGUGCGACUUCCACCGUGUCGACCACAAGCGAAAAUACUACUGCGUUUGAGACUGCGCCCGUAGGACGCGUAAGGAAGACCUCCGCGGCCUCGCGGGCUCCUGGCCCUUCUGCUUCUCGCAGCCCCAAGCGUCCCCCGUCGGACAAGCCCGUGGAUUCACGAACUGCAUCGUCGACGUCGGUCUCAUCAGUCAAGUCCACGACUACGAACGCGACGCGCAAGUCGGCUGCGAAGUCCACAACACCCACCCCUCCCUUGCCGAAGCCCGCUGGGGAAACGAAAGCGAACGGAAAGGGCCCCGAGUCGGCGACCGGCGAAGCUGGCGGGACUGCUAAGGGCAAGUCCGCCCGCCCGGCCAUCUCGCACGAGAAGCAGGAGAGCGUGGUCUCUACGAGCAGCGUCUCGACCGGCUCCACGGACACAAUCCGCGAGGGCGCGGCAGCAAAGGUGCCGCGGGGCGACACGCUCGAGAUCGGCAUCCCGUGCAUCAUCUCAUCGAAGCGGACCCGCUUCCGCGCGCUUGCGCGGUACAUCGGUGAGGUCGAGGGCGAGGUCGGGCCGUGGGUCGGGGUGGAGGUACCAAUGAACGACGCGUGGCCGGGGGACAAGCUCGACGGCCGACAGUGGCACGACGGCACCUGGGGCGGCGUCCGGUACUUCGACAUCGGCUCGUCGUCGGAGAACGAGUGGGCGGGGAGUUCGAGCAAGAGCAGCCUGGGCAAGCGCGAGGGCGACCAGCUGAGCAUCGAGCGGUCGAAGAGGCUGAGGAGCGUGUCGCCCGCGGUGUCGGACAUGUCGACGUCCGAGUCGCGGGGGCUGUUCGUGCGGCCGCAGCAGGUGCUGUAUGUCGUGGACGCGGUGGUCUGA